UGUUGUUUCCUCCUCACGCAGCACAGCUCUCUUUCAGUCGGCAUCCUGCAGCCUCACCAUGGCUGUCAACAUCCCCGGCGUGGCCGUCAUGAUGUUCUUCUACCUGCUGGUGCUCGGCAUCGGGAUCUGGGCUUCCUUCAAGUCCAAACGGGAGGCCAAGAAGGGCACGGGGGAUAAAACGGAGAUGGCUCUGCUGGGGAACCGGGGCAUCAACCUGGUUGUCGGCAUCUUCACCAUGACAGCUACGUGGGUCGGAGGAGGCUUCAUCGUGGGCACAGCCGAGGCCGUCUAUAACCCCUCGAUGGGACUCAUCUGGGCCGUGAUGCCCGUCGCUGCAACCAUGUGCUUCGUCAUAGGUGAGCUUUCAUUGUCCUGUUGCAGUGUGAGGAGGAAUCCAGUGGCCCCGCGAGGCUGA